ACGGGGCGUAAAAAGACUAAUAUGACUAACGGAUCCUGGAUGCGUGCUACCUUCGUUUGGAUCUACAGGAAUGUAGGCUCUAGCAGUUCUGCAGCUCUGCCAGCCUCUUGCCUGACACUGGAACUGCUGCUCACAAAGUAGAAUCCUGCAGCUCUUUGGUAGGAAGGAUAGAGAAAGAACAUGGCCUGCAUUUUGAAGAGAAAGUCCGUUGUUGCCGUGAGUUUCAUUGCAGCAUUCCUCUGUCUGAUCAUCGUUCGUCUCACAAAUGAAGUAACUUUCCCUUUGAUCCUAAACUGCUUUGGACAAACCAGAGUCAAGUGGAUCCCAUUUUCUAAUGGCCAAAGGCAGCCUCUGAAAACUCAUUAUGGAUAUAUAAAUGUAAAAACACAAGAGCCUCUACAACUUGACUGUGACCUCUGUGCCAUUGUUUCAAACUCGGGGCAGAUGGCUGGCCAGAGGGUGGGCACUGAGAUAGACAAGUCCUCCUGCAUAUGGAGGAUGAACAAUGCUCCCACCAAGGGCUAUGAGGAAGAUGUUGGGAGGAGGACAACCAUAAGAGUGGUCUCUCACACAAGUGUGCCUCUCCUGCUCAAGAAUCCCGAGUACUUUUUCAAAGAAACCAACAACACCGUUUAUGUGAUCUGGGGUCCUUUUCGAAACAUGAGGAGGGAUGGGAAUGGCAUUGUGUACAACAUGCUGAAGAAAACUGUUGACAGCUACCCAACUGCCAAAAUCUACGUGACAACGGAGAAGCGCAUGAGUUACUGCGAUGCGGUGUUUAAGAGGGAGACGGGAAAGGACCGAGUCCAGUCAGGCUCAUAUCUCAGCACGGGUUGGUUCACCUUAAUUUUGGCUAUGGAUGCCUGCUAUGGAAUUCAUGUCUAUGGGAUGAUAAAUGACACCUACUGCAAGUCAGAAGGCUUUCGCAAAGUUCCCUACCACUAUUACGAGCCAGGAAGAGAUGAGUGUGAGGAAUACUUUCUCCAUGAAAAUGCUCCAUAUGGAGGCCACAGGUUUAUCACAGAAAAGAAAGUAUUUGCUAAGUGGGCCAAGAAGCACACAAUAAUAUUCACACAUCCCAACUGGACAGUGUCUUGAUACUGGUUUACUUAACUCUCUCUUGACAGCAUAUUACAAAAAUGUCUCAGUUUACAAUAGUUUUGCUUACAUCUGGCUGGGCUUUCUCAGCCUAGGUAACACUAAACUAAAACCCAGAAGACAAAGAUGGUGGUCGUUCAGCUGUUAAGCAAAAUUAAUCAUCUGUGGAAGGCAGACACAUUGUUUGUUAUUUCUUAGGGUUUUAAUCCACACUAUGCACUUUAUACUUUAACUGGAUUUUACUUCAAGACAGGAGGAGUUAACACAGAUCUUCUGUAUAUACAAGUGCACACAGAGAGCAUGGUGGUCCUUUGAAAAUUGUCCAUCAUCUCAGACAUUUAAAAUUAUUAUUUGCAGCUCAUUUGCUGCACUGAAGCACUAGUUCCAUUUGUGGUAUCAGUAGAAAUUUUCACAAGAGAAAUGUGAGGAAAAAUACAGACCUCCAAGGUCCAGGAGUGAGUAAAUUUUAAAAAACAACAGCUGAAUGCAUUGAUACACAGUAUCUUGUGAGCACUUGCAUAUAUGGUAAAAUUAGAGAUGAGCUAAGCAUGGUUCUUGAACUGUACCCAACUGUUGAUUGAGAAGAUAUUACCUACUCAAGACUCCUGAUUAAUUCAUAACUUCUGAAAUGCAGCUUCCUUCCACCUUGGUCAGUCUGCACCAUCUAGGACUGUGUAGUUUGUGCUUUUUGAAGCUGUUGUCCUACACUUCAGCUCCAGCAGAAUGGCACUUGGCAGGGAUUGUGUUUUGCAGCCCAUGAUGAACCUUUGGCUGUUGUACCAAGCCUGCUGUCAGUACCCAAGCUGGUGAGUGUGAAGUUGUCUCAUUAAUAUCUCCAUUUACUCCAGUUGUGCAUUUGACUUGCUCCAGCAUCCAAAUAACAGUAUUUUGACAGUAUUUCCCAUGCAGCCAUCAUAAUUUAUUUUAGAUCUCCAGUUUCUACAUCUUUAAAAAAAGGGUAGUGUCUAUCUACCUCACAAGAGAGUUGUGAGGACUAAUUUAAUUUAAUUUAAAGCACUUUCCUGAUGCAGAAUGCUCCAGAUCAUUUAUUUUUAACACAAAAACAAUGGUACCUGUCAUUUAUUCUUGUCUGUUGGGUCUGUCUGAAGAAAGUGACAGUGUAUCUGAUUCUGAUGGCAAAUUGUUCUGUGCAUCGCUUUCCUACUGAGGAUAAUUUGUAAUACUGAGUUCUAUCAGCUUGCAUUGCUUCAGAUGAAGUUGAAAGAAUUCCCCAUCUCACAGUAUUAUCUGCACAUUAAAAGGCAGUUCAAGAAUCUUAAAAUAUACUCAUCUCUAGUUUAAGUAUGUAUUUCCAAGCUUACUAUCGCGGAAAGUUUUCAACUGCAGCAGACUCAUUUGUAAUAUGACCAUAAAAUACACAUGUGAGUUUUAUUUAAACUGUAUUUAAACUAAUGCUUUAAUUUUAGAAUGUGUCCUAUGAAUAUUUUAACAUCGAGAAUGUCAGAUUCAACACUGUAAUAGCCAAUACUGUGAACACUUGAAGGAAUUAUGUGUGGAACAUGUCACACAGGGUUUACUCACACUACUUAAACAUUAACCAACAGGAAACUUUGUAUGCUUUUGUAAAUCAAGAAAAGGGGAAAGUAAAAAACUAUUUUUACAUGUAAGUAUUUGUAUACUGACUAUUUCCUAUUGUAUAUUUGUAUAUAUAAAUCUAUAUUUUAUAUGUUCAUUGCAUAUAUAUUAUCUCCUCAACAGCUCCAACUCAUGAUGGGGAGGAAAUCUCUUCAUCAGUACUCCUCCUCUUGAUCACUGGUUUCUUGUUCCUGUUGGUAGGUGAUUCCAGGGUAUCAUCUCUGCUGCCCCUUCUAUUUUCUACCAUAAAUGCAGCUCUCUGCUUUUAUUAUUUUAUAUAGCUCAGCUUUCACUGCUUUCUUUGGUACUCUAGGUAUUCAUUCUGGUUGUCAGGCUGGGGCCGUGCUUUUGAUCUUGGAUAAACAUCUAUAUUCAAACACAGGCUUUGUCCCAGGUUUCUGGCAUGACUUUGUCUCACCUUCCUCUUUGGAAAAGAAGAACAAUAGUAUUUUCCUACUCCCUUUCUUGACUGACUUUCUUGAGAUGUUGAGAUGAGUAUUCCCAUUUUCAACUUAUUUGUAUAUCACUUUGAAGAAAAGGUGUUCUAAGUGUCUGCAACUUACAGGCAGUGCUGUGGCAUACAAGUAAUUGAAGGUGGCUGUUUCUUGUCCAUGGAGCUUAAAUCAGUUGCAUGCUGAUACAACAUGGGAUGAAAUCAAAAGGGGAAAAAGGGUCAUGGUUGGAAGAAGAGCUGUGGUAGAUAAACCAGAUUUAUCACCAUGCAUCUGUUCAGUUCACAUAGGUGACUGGAUGUAUGGAAAGGUAAUAAAAAAUUGUAAGGCAGGAUUUGAAAAAUUCAGGACAUACAGAAUUAGGGAGAAUGUUCCAUACAGUUUACAGGGCAGCCUGGGAAACCCUGUCAUUCCCUUGAGAGAAGAGGAACUGCAAGGAAGAACAUCAGCCAAUUGAACUUUUAUUUAGAAGCUUUCUGGGUUAAUAGAAAACUGCUAUGAAAGUGCUGCACAUGGAAAUUGUUUGGACUGGACAGACUUCCGUGGAAGUGUCCUCGUGAAGCAGAGUGUUUGUCCCCCUGGGUGUUUCUCCCCAGUGAGGAUAACGAUUCUGCCUGAGUUUGUUCACCUGGUUUUUAAGCUUGAGAAAGUUUUUAAGAUUAUUAAUACUUGCCAAUUCACCAUAAAGGUGUUGUAAAAUAUGUGCUUCAUUCUGAAGCUCUUUGAAGAGUGCUUGCAUGCUGCAUGAAACACGAUCACAAAGGAUAGCUAAGAAAAAUACAGCUCUAAGAACAUCUAAAUGUACACAAAAUUGAGAACACAAUUAGUUUGGGUGUCACAGAGCAAAUUAAAGGUGUUGCUCUCUGCCUGGAUUUGCACUUAGAGCAGAUCCACAUUAGAAAGAUUGCAGCAGGCUUCAUUCAUACUAGAAAAAAUGAACAUCAGUUCUCUUAUUUAAAUGAGCCUGUUUUUAGCAGAAGUUAAAUGCAUAUUUACAUGAUUUUUAUUCUAUAAGUAACUGUGACC